CGCUCGCCGAGUUCUGCUCAUUGAAAGUGAACUGGUGUAGACGACGGAUGGUGUACGUGUGCGUGUGAUUGUUCAAGUUAUCCCCCAUAAAUAGUAAGAAAUUAUUCGCUGUAACAACCUCUAAUGGGGGAUUACAAAUUUAGUGUUAAUUCUAGCGUAAGUUCAGUGUCAUCAGUGGAAUUUCCCGUAAGCACGACCAGUAAUUCAUCGUUGUUUUUUACCACGCCUACAUCUGUGCCAGAGUCGGUUCAGUCCCUGCAACACACAGCAAUGCAAGAUGAUCUCUUAAUUGAAAAAUCCACCGUCAAAAGUCAGCUAUCCGCGCCAAAUUCCGAUCUGAAUGGGGACCAGAUCCUUAAAGCCAAAGAGGAGGAUAGCUCGCCAGUCAAUCUAGGCGGCGUACAGUCUGAUAAGCCAAAUGAUCAGGGCCAGUUAGGAGGCCCGGUUGUCACCACAUCUCUACAGUUACCGUCUGGAUAUAAUGUUUCUGAGCCUAGUCAUGUGAUAAAUUCUAGUAAUUCUUCUUCCGCAAGUCUGUGGUCAACCGGUCCAAUGGAGGAUGCUCUGCUGCACAGUUUGAAUGUACCCACCGUCAAUGGAACUCUUACUUUUCAAAACUUCCCACCUACUAAUCCCAACACUCUUUAUAACACAAAUAUGGGUCCUCAAAUGGCAGGACUGCCGCAGACCCAGGUACAGCCGCCCCAGCAAAGAAGGGCAAUUACUGCUUCUCACAAUUUUCCGCAUAAUAUGUCCCGGCACAUUCAGCAGCAGGCGCAAAACAUGUACAUGCCAAACAAGGGCUACACUUCUUGGUCCCAGCCGCAGCAGAAUACCUGGUCUCCCGGUCCGCAGAGUCAGUCCAAUGUGACUGGCAUGUCUCCCUGGAGCCGCGGACGGUCGGUGCCUAACCUCAAUCCUUUGCAGCCGAUGGCCAAUCGCAAACCUAGUCCGACUUUUAAUCAUCAGCAUUCCGGCUUGGUCAUUUCUCCCAAGUUUAGACGCAGUACUUCUUAUCCGGGAAAAGGCAUAUUUCCGCAGCCGCCUACGUUCGAGAUCACCAACAUGGAUGAGAACCGAGAAAUGCUUCUUCCAUAUCAGGUGCAAUUGCCGUGUGUGCAGGAGCGAACGGCGAACGGGGUCGGGGGCAUGCACCACGGGGGUCACCAUGGCGGAGGCGGCGGGGGCCAACAUGGCUGCGGUGGGGGCGGCGGAGCUCUGGACAUGCGCAACUUGGAGCACUAUCUCAACGACAUCAUCCGCAGUGGAGGCGGCAACGCCGGCGGCGAGGGGGUACCCGACCAUCAUCUAAAAGGAUUUAUCAAUUGCAACUCGAACGCUCUCCAGUCUCUUGCACAAUUACAUGGCAAGACGCCGUACUUUCCGUCGCUGGAGGAAGGGGUUGGGGGUGGUGGAGGCUGCCUGCUGGAUGAGAGUGGUCAGGUGAUGGCUGCUCCCCCCGCUGCCCUCUCCUCGCCCUCUCGGUCAUCCCCGCACAGCCAGGGCUCAGAGACUGGCGAGCGGUUCUCACGCAAGGUGUUUGUAGGAGGUCUGCCGCCCGACAUAGAUGAGGAUGAGAUCACAGCCAGCUUCCGUCGCUUCGGGCCGCUGGUCGUCGACUGGCCGCACAAGGCUGAGAGCAAGUCCUACUUCCCGCCCAAAGGCUAUGCCUUUCUACUUUUCCAGGAUGAGAGUUCGGUGCAGCAACUGAUUGACGCGUGCAUCCAGGACGAGGACAAGCUGUACUUGUGCGUGUCGUCGCCUACCAUCAAGGACAAACCGGUGCAGAUCCGGCCUUGGCGCCUCAACGACGCUGACUUUGUGCUCGACGCCUCCAUGCCCCUUGACCCGCGCAAGACCGUCUUUGUCGGCGGAGUGCCCAGGCCUCUCAAAGCUGUUGAGCUGGCAAUGAUAAUGGACCGGCUGUACGGCGGGGUGUGCUACGCGGGAAUCGACACCGACCCGGAGCUGAAGUACCCGAAGGGCGCCGGCCGCGUCGCCUUCAGCAACCAGCAGAGCUACAUUGCCGCCAUCAGCGCUCGUUUCGUGCAACUGCAGCAUGGUGACAUUGACAAGAGGGUUGAAGUAAAGCCGUACGUGCUGGAUGACCAGAUGUGUGACGAGUGUCAAGGUCAGCGGUGCGGAGGCAAGUUUGCUCCAUUCUUCUGCGCCAAUGUCACCUGUCUUCAGUACUACUGCGAGCACUGCUGGGCGACAAUCCACUCUAGACCGGGCCGCGAGUUCCACAAGCCGCUGGUGAAGGAGGGCGCCGAUAGACCGCGCGCCGUUCCCUUUCGCUGGUGUUAACCCUGGCGCAUCCUAGCUCAUCCCCUAGUUCAUUCAUUCUACUAAACUAAACCUAGCCAAUUCUCUAGUUAGCAUUUUAGUCCUCAUUAUUAUUAAUUACCAUCAUCACACUAUAUACCGUGUGUGGGUGCAUGUCAUCAAUGAGCUUGUGUCGGUGUCCUAGGUUCUCUACUUUUUAUAUUUUACAUCUUGUUUAAGGAAAGUAAUGUUCUUUCAAUAUCUUGACAUGUUGUAGCUUUGUAAGCUUCUCAAUAACAACGUUACAAGAUGAUCAUUCUAUUACAACGCUAAUAUGAUCAUUCUAUAUUUCAUCUACUUUCUACUAUGUCAAAGUACUUUUCAAUAUCUUGACAUUUUGUUUCUGUACAAGGCUAUCUAUAGCAACUCUUCUCAUUACAAGAUGAUCAUUCUAAUCAUCCUCAUCUUAAUUCCAUGUACAAAGCGUUUAGUUUCUAGGCCUACUUUGUCGAACAUUAUACGCUCCUAGGACACCACAACAUCCUCAUUUUGCUUCCACCUAUCUAAUAAGACUCGUAUGAUGAACUUCUUACUCUCACCACUAUCAAAAGUGUGUGUAUGCACUACACUCUGUAUACACCACCAAAGUGUAGUGUAUGUAAUACACAAUUAUUAUUAGUGUAUAUGUGAAAUACUGUAAUACACAUAUUAUUCAGUGUCCAUGCACUCACACACACCCACACAUUAGUCUAAUUCUCUUUUUUAACAAAAUGAUGACGGUAUGAUAUUUAUUAAUUGAUUGACAGUCAAUACAUGACUGAUUGUUCACCAUUAGAUUACGUCUCAACUCACUCAAGGUGAGUUACCUGUUCACUCUACGAUUAUAAUUGUAUUGUUGGGUCGACCAUUUUCAGGGUAUUUGUAAAUAGGUUUUAGUCAAAUAUUUGAGAGGGCGUGUUCCAAGAGAUACAUUAUGGUGUAGAUUUAUGAAAAAGAUGAAGGAUCAGUCAUUGAAUAUUUUCCUAUUGAGAAAAGUGAGUGGAAUAAAAUAACAGUUCUUCCUAACGAAGACAAUUAACUGAAUAAUACGAGAAACAUUUUUCAACAUUAACUUUUUUGAUGAACUGAACAGGGAAGAACGUUCCGUUUUCGAUUGGAAAAGAUGGAAUUGUAUUUUUGUGGGACUAGUGCCGGAACCUCUGCCAAUAAUAAAAUUGCGCCGGAUCGUGAAACUUUUCUGAGUGCUACAAAAUUGUAUUGUACUUGUACAAUUUUGAUUUCUUCAUCUUCUUAAUCGUUGAAUAAUUAUUUCAUGGAUUUAAAGAAACAAUCAUGAAUUUUCAUUUUUAUAGUUUUGACAUUAUUUAAAGUUUUCAUUUUCCUAUAAUGCUAUAAAAGUAUGGCAAUUUUUUUCCAUUACUGCAUUACUGUGAAAUCUUGAGAUUUAAAAUCUAGUACCGGUGAGGUAAAAAAUCAUAUUCACUCAGAAUAGCAGCCUUAAUGUAUCAUAGAACACGUCCUCCCGUAAUAAUUUUUGGAUACCAUGAUUAAAGAGAUGAUUGGUUUCUACUUGAAGUUGAGACUUCAGAUGAGUUGGCUAUUCAAUACUAGUUAAAACUAGUUGAGUGGAAUUUUCUUUCUUCCUGUUUAUCUAGUUGUAACAUUUCAAUUUCUCACCAAAACCGUUCAUUUCUCAUGGUAUCCAGCCUUAGUUUCUUCCUUCUCAACGCUUUUGAGAAGUAAUCAAUCCUUCUGUAAAUAUGAAUGGUUGUUGGCUAUAAACCAUGAACCAUCAUCACGUUGUGUGUUGUGAACCUCUUCAGUCAUCCACCAUUACGAUAACAGAAUCCCAGUUAGUCAACUUACCACACGGCUAUAAUAUAAAUGUUAUAAUCAUAAUUAGAACUUCCUCUCCCUUUUAUCUCAACAUUGUCGACUAUACUCUAGGGACGAUGUUUUAUCGUAGAUAAAAUUUACAAUUUCAUAUUAUAUUUUCUACAGAACGCGCGGCUUCAAUAACUACCUAGAAGUGCCGCUGUUCUACUUGAGGUAGUUGCGUGAAAUUUAUUUUCGUUCUUUCCAUACGUUUUCAAACAGUGUCGACGACCGUUUGUAUUCUCAGAAUUGUAACACUUUUGAUAACAUUAUUUAGAGAUUAUUACCUGAAUUUUUAACUUUUGAACGUUUGAGAGUUUUUAUAUGUAAUGGAUUAAUGAAGAGGUGAAGUAGCUAGUUGAUGGUGUGUGAUUGCCUCUUGUAAUAAUAAUAAUAAUAAUUGUUGUCUAUGACCGAACGACCAGAAGUCCGGGUCUUCGCCUACCACCCAUUCAUUCCUCCCUCACCUACAAUCUAUUCAACUUAUUAUCACAAUAAUCAUAGUAUUACGAUAAGUAAUUGUUGUGUAUGAUGUGUACCUCUAGAUGUUCUCUACCACAAAUUGUGUGUUUAAUAUCGCUAUAAUUAUUGUUACUAUCUAUACAUCAUCGAUUGAAUCGUCUGAAGUCAAGCCAUGUUUGUUGUUGAAUCCUAUGAAAAUUUUAUUUUAUUAGUCUAAUAUUGUAUGUAUUAAUCAAUUUGUGUUUGCUUUUUUGUGUGUGGUGGCUUUUAAAUAAUGAUUGGGUUUGUAUGAUGAUGGUUACUUAGUGACCUUGAAAAUGUUGAGAGCGCAGAUAUUUUAUUUUUCAAACUAAAACAAAGAGUGAUAACUCUCUUUAUUAUCUACUACCUACUGAUAAGCUAGUAUUGUAUAAUUAUUGAAAAAAUGAAAUAUUUUUAUGUUUAAUUAAGAUUAAAUUUUGUAUUGUUGAUGGUUUUUCAGACGGUUGAAUGUAAUUUUUGUGGUGGCGUAGACUAAUAUUGGUGUCAACAUUUCAAUGUAAUAUUGCUUAUCUUGGGGUUGCAUGGAAAGUGUGGAGCGAAUCGUAUCCCUGAUGUUCUUCUCGAUGUGUGAAGUGAAUAUGUGAUUUGUACAGACAGAGUUUGGAUUGUCGUGUAUUUCUACAGUGUUUUCGAAUUAGGAGGUCGUGUUUGGGAUCAGGUGGGGAGGGGUGGUGGGCGAUAGACUCACACAUGCAACUCUCUCUCUCUUUCUCUGUCUCUGUUUGCUCACACUUGUUGUCAUAGGAUAGUUGUUUCUCUGUCUAUAUUGUCUCUUUGAAACAAAAACAAAAAAAAAAUGAAUAUAAGAUAAAUUUCUCUGUCUUUGUGAAUGGAAAUAUGAAAAUUUGCUCGUGAUCUCCCCCAAACCAAAGAGAAAACACUUAUUUCAAACGAUUCUUUAUUAGAUAAAAAUAUUUGAUAAAUGUAAUCAAUUUAAUAGUUGACAUAUUGAAAUGUCUGCUGAAUUUUGUGAGUCGUACUACUACUACUUCUACUACUCAUAAUAUAUAUUUGUAGAUAAUUGGUUUUAAUAAUACAUGCAUAAUGAAUACAAAUAUUGAUGAGUAUUUUAAAGUGAAAUGGAACGACUAUGUCUUCUCUACUUGCACAGACCGCCACAAUUAUGUGUCCAUGUAUAGGUAUAGUGACGACUAUGUCAUGUAUAGCCAUGUAUAAUGAUAGUCUACCACACAACAUGUAUAUGCACACAUACACGAACACACACAUACACUAAACCCUAUCUAUUCUAAUCUAUCUGCUCGCAUGUAGCCUACACUCAAUUCUGUGCAUGAUUAAUAUUGUAAUGAAUGUAGCUCAUUUUAAAUGUACCCUGGUACCCCCACCCAGUAAUUGUAAUGAAUGUACUGUCUAUGUAUAGCGGUGGCUACAUGUGUAGUUGUGUGUCCAUAUGUAUCCAUAUGCAUUGUCACCCAACUCCAGCAGUGUGCAGUGUGCAUAGGCCUCGCCUCUGAGGCAGGCACAAUCAAUACAAGUCUAGUCAGUUAAUGUGCGGCGCGGCGGCUAAAGGACUAUAACCAUAUAUUAUAACCAACCGUAUGUGUACGUUCCUAAUAUCUUCGGAAGCUGACUGUCUUUGUAGACUACCUUAUGGGUACAAAAAACGUUUAUUUUGUAUCUCCUAGUGAAAUUGUAAGGUAUAUAACCUGAAUAUAUAUAUAAUGAAUAAUAAUGAUAAUUUAUAUUGAUAUAUUAUAAAAUAUAUAGUGAAUUACCCUUUCCUAAACGUUCUUGACUUUCCCCUUUUUUACAUUUUGUAAGUAGGAACGACGAUGACGAUGAUAGCCUACUGCUUUUUCAAUGGGACUGUUUUUUCUUAAAAAGUAAAAAGAAAGCUAAAGUGUUACGGUAUUGUUGGUUGUUUGUACCAUUCUCAAUUACAUAGUUUGUUUGUAAUAGAUUUUUUCUAUUUUUAAAUAAUGUUCCACAAAGGGAAUUAAAAGCCUUAAUGCUUCAUUUAGAUUUUUACUCUGCGAAUUUUUCAUACUGAUAGGGCAAUGUUAUUUGUAUUUAUAGCUACUGCUACGUUUAAUAUUAUAAUAAUUAUUAUUGUAUUCUAUAAAAAUUGUCGUAGAACAUUUGAUUCCAGUAUAUUCGAUAGAUUAUUAUCGUUCUUUUAUCUUCAUAAAAACUUGUAGGUGUUAAUAGUAAUAAUAAUAGAUGUUUUGUGUUUUUAAAUAGUUUUGUAAAUUGGGUGGUUGCAUUUUUUGUUUCGUGCUUGCGACAUUUUGCUCUAAGCGAUCGCACGGCCAAUUGGCCAUGGCUAGGCCUAAAAUAUCCCAAAUCUUAUCUUUUUUAUAUCUAGAAGAAAUUAAUGAAAAACAACAUGUUUCUACCUGUUUAUCUUGAUAUGAUGUGAUAGCCAUACUCAAUGCGAACAUACACUUGAUUGCGUCAUAGCCUUCUUUUUAUUAUUCCAUCGAGGAAUUAACAGUAAUUAUGUAAUUGAAAUUGGAGUUAUUUUAUCAAUACUUUGAAAAGUGUAGACUAUACUUCUUAGAGUGUGUUGCAAAGCCCUUGUAACACUUGUACACUAAUCACUCUCACGCUAUUGACGAUUCUAAACUGAACCUAGCAGACCUAUAGCAUAACUUUUGGUGCCUAGGUAGUCUACCCCUAUCGUACUACCUUAAACCACAAGUCUAAUAUUCAAUAUUGAUUGGUAUCGUCAAUAGAUUCUCAACAGUAUACUCAAUUAAUCGAUCCACUGGUUUUGUUUCGCGUCACUUUUGCAACAAGUACGGCAACGUUCAUCAAAUACAAAUCUUACCAACUUUUGUGCAAUAAUACUUUUAUUCUAUGAAAUUAUAUGCCGUAAAUUUUGUUAGAAAGUCAGUUGAAUUUUGUCAGAAUUCAUUUUGAUUGGAUUCCGUUAUUGAAUCUUCAGUUUUGUUUGAACUGUCUUUUGUUUUCAAAUUUUAUUAUAAAAUCCUUAAUUUUUCGUUCCUAGAAACGGGUUUUAUAAACCAAAUAUGUUUCAGUUACCGUUGGUUCAAUAGAAAAGCUUAAAUUUUCCAUAUUUCAAUUGACUGUCAACUUGUAUUGUCUAAUGUAUAUUAAUUUGUAGCAAUUUCAGUACUACGUGAUAAAAUGUCUUUGAAUCUUUGGUUUUUGGUGCUAAGAAGCCCAAACCAAUUUUUGGUUUUUGAUGCUAUUCUUCAACUCAAUGCUCCAUAGGCUAUCAAAACGUAGUCAAUUACAGUAAAAGUUUAUGUGCUGAUUUCUAUAAUAUUUCCCACUGAUUCGAACAACCCAAUCAGAUAACAACCUUUGUUCAAUUGCGAAGUUUAAUGCAAAUAGAUAUGCUUAUCAUGUGUGAGCCUAACAAUCCUAACCAAUAGUUACAUAAUAAAUAUUCCAAGCAUAGAGUCCCAGACAAUAAUGUAAGAUUGUUAUUGUGCAUGUUCAUAUAACUCGAUUAAUUUGCCUCUAAAUUAGAUAAAAUUUCCAUUCCCAUAUUUCCCCCUCAUAUUUAGUAGUUCCUUGAUUAUUCAGGUCUUUUUCAAACAUCUCUUCCCUCUAAUUCAGGAAAACAAUAAGUUUCAAAGAAACUACCAUUAGAUUAUAGUAGACUAUUUAAAAUUUAUUUUUGUACCUUAUUGUGUUUUAUUGUUAUCGUUGAUCAACUAAUUUCGCUUGUACUUUCGUAAUAAUUCAGUGUUGAAGUUAUUAUGUGUGGAUGGGUUAUAAUAGUAAAUACACUUAUUCUAUUUUUAUGGUCCAACUUCAUGCAUUGAAGAUGGGUAGACGAUAUUCAGAUUAGGUCAAAUGAGUAGAUUAUUUUAUUGUAAUUUUUUAACGUUUUUAAUCAUUUCUGUGCAAUGAAAUAUGCUUGUGGAUGUACACCAUUAUUGAUAUAAUUCUUCUCGAUUCAUUGGCAAGAUAUAUUGUAAAUGACCCAGAUUGAGAGAUGUUAUUAUGUGGAAACAGAAAGAAAGGAUUUCAGGACAUCAUAUAUAAUUUCUAUCAAAGAUUAUUAUUUCUUUAUAUAAAAAAUAAUUAUUAUAUCUUUAUAUCAAAUAUUAUUAUUUCUUUAUAGAGUUUAAUUUAUUUUCCGUAUCUACUAAGAAAUGGACUUUUGGAAGGAGAUAUUUUUGUUGUGUUGUUAUUAUUUAUCAAAUUAUUUAAGCUAAUAUAAUUGAUUUCAUAAAUAUAAUUUAUACAUAUUUUACUAUAUUUAUCCAAUCACCGAUUUAUAUAAAUGAUAUUAUUAUUAUUAUUAUUUCCGAAAUAAGAAGUUUUUUGCUUUGUUGUUUUUCAUUUCGUUUUUAUAUCACUGUUUUACUUUUGAAAUAUAUUUUCUGAUUAUGAGUAUCAUUUUAUAUUUUAAGCUACGAAUGAUGAAAUGCAAUUCAAUUUCUCACUUCUCUAGUGGCCUCUUGACGAUACAAGAGAGCUGCCUCACUUUUUAUUCAAUUGAAUCAAAUGUAUUCUUUUAAUGCAAAGGUACUUUAUUGAAUCUUUCAUCUGGUCUGCUAGGCGCUUGCUUAUCUGUUUUUCAAUGAAAACAAAGCACUUUGUACAUAUUGAUGAUUAAUGUGAACGAUAGGCUACAUUGUGACUCGUAGGAAGUCUACGCACCUCAUAGCCUAGUUAUUGUAAGAAAUCAAUUUCAAUCUCCAUCUAGAUAUCAAAUUAAACUAUUUUUACUGUUUGGAAUGUAAUUACAUAUAACAAUAUAAUAAAAGUAUACUAUACUUGUAUAACUUUUUAAUUGAUUACCAAAACCGUAAGUGACUGAUUUGGCACUCUAAUUUCUAUAUCGGUACCGGUAAUACAUGAAUACCGAACUUAUCUUGUCUGAUUUACCAAAAAUACCCAUAAUAUUAUUGUAAUGUACCAUUCGAUAUUCGAUUCUUGUUACCAAUCUGAUAAUUAGGCUGCUAGGCCUACUUGUAGUGCAUCAACAUGCUUUUGAUAUAUUUUGUGCGCCCUAGCAUUUGUGUAAUGUAUUUUAUCAUUGCAAAAUACUCAUAAUAAGAAUAAAGUUCUAUAAAAUAUUUUAUUUUGAUCGAAGUCCACUUGAGAAUCAAUCAAAAUUUAUCAUAUAUUCGCUCUUUGGUAAUUUUUACUCUUACGAUGAGAGUUAACUUUAAGAUUAGGCUCAAAUUUCACAAUAGAGAAUGAGCAUGGUUUUUUGUACGAGUUAUUCUCUGUAAUUAUAAUUUUUCUAGGUUUUUAAUUGCUAGUCAGUGUAAUUGAUGCUCUUUGACUUUUGUAUUAUUUACUUGAAUGCAGAACACAUAGCAGUAGAUAAAUUCAUUUGAAUUUGAAUUAAAAUGAAAAACAAAUUGUUCUAUCAAUGUAAUUGUUUACGACUCUCCGUAAAAUAACCUCCUUCAUAUAAAAUAAAAUUUCAUAAUUAUUAGCUCCAUCAAAUUAGUUUUCUUGCUCAAUCACAAGACGACAUCACAUUGGCUAAAAUCACAAUUUGUAUGAAAAAUACUGUGUAGAAUAGUCGAUUUUUCGGCUAUGUGAUGUGUUGUAUGAAAAGAUCUCUUCUAUAAAACAACAUAGGAUGAUUUAUUAUCAUGAAUAAAGCACUGUCAAGAAUACAAUUUUCCAUUAAACAAGAUAAAAUUACAUCAAUUCCAAUCCUAUUUCAUAAUUAUUUUCAAUCAUUGUUUGGGAGUGAUUAAUUUAUCGGAUUAUUUGAAGUUUGUAGGCUUUUCUCAGUAUUAUUAUAAUCGAAAAAUCAAUUACAUUGACAAGCAGUAUUUGACUGAAAUUUUUAUGGCCAUUUUGUAAACUUAAAACUACGAUUGCCUGUCUAAGAAGAAAAGAAGUUGAUUAAAUCAUCUUGCAUGGAUACUGGAUUGAAACUAAUAAUUUUAUUCUAUUUUGUGAAUGAAUCUGACGAAUAGUAGUGAUGGGAAUAAGCAAAAUCAUUAAAUGCGAUGCCCUGCCCUCUAGUUUCGGCCCUGCUCGGCUCUCGGCCCUUGUCCCGUCUAGGCGGUUAAGCUAGCUUAACACAUAGCUGUUUUGCUUUGGUUCUAUGGUUUUUCAAAAACUAUUGUUGAUGUCAAAGUAAAUUCGAUAACGUGUUUAUCAAUUUUCUGUGUUACCACUAUCUAGUAAAUUUGGAAAUUAUUGAUUUUUUUAUAUCGGAUUAUUUGUACAUUUAUAUGUAUCGAUGUUAUUACUAUGUAUGUUAUUGCUCGGGUAUGAAUACGUAGUUAUAGUGAAAUUUAUUUUUCUAGUAUUCGUAGCUAAUAUUUCAAAACAACCUCCUGUCAUAAGAAUACUAAUAAUCAUUUGCGCAUUGAAUUACCUUAAAUAAUUUACUUGUCAUUAUUAUAAUUAGUACUUUUAUAGAUGGUUGUAAAUACAUAAUAUACGGUACGACUAAAUUAUGGACAAAUGUUAUGUAAUGAAGUGAGCAUAGAGCAUGAGCAUGAGCAUAGAAGGGGUCUGUACUCUGUCCUGUAGCUGGUGUGGAUUUAAUUUGAUCUGUAAUUAGCCGACCAAUUGGCGUCUUGGCGAUUCGCCAUACGGUAGCGUAGCGAUAUCGACUCAGUAGGAGGACUACAGUUUUAUGUUCUAUGCCACUGUCAACAUUUGUACACAAAUAUUCAGUGUCAAUUUGUACUUAAGAUGUUUUAUAUUUUAAUUUUUUGUAUAAAACCGCUUUUAAUAUUCUAAGCAUAUAUUAUUAUGUAAAAGAAUAAUUUUUACAGUUUUGCAGCACUUACUAAUAUUGAAUAAUAGACAACUUUUUAUAAAUAAUCUGAAGUCAAAACUUUUUAUGGUAUUUAUCGAUAUUUUGUAUUUUGAUUUUAAUUUUUAUGGAGCAAUUAACUGUAAUGUUUGAAAUUUACUAUCGACCAUUGACUUUUAGUGUAAUAUGUAGCCAUUACUAAAUAGCUUUACGUCCAUGUUCUGCUAGCUUACUGGGGCAGGAUUCCCAUUCCAUCAACUUGGGUUAAAUUCAUUUUGUGGAAUCUAUUAAUUCGGCCGAUAUUAGACAAAUAGAGGAUCAUCUAAAGAGUGAUUAUGAUUCAGUUUGAUGAAGGCUACCGUACCUUGGUAGGAUUGCAAUGCAGGUACCGGUAGGCCUACUGUAGGCACUCUAAUACCAGCCACCAGCCAAAGCAAAGCAGCAUCUGUGAAAUGAAUGCGAUGAUCAUUUAUGUUGCAGUCAUUUAUGUUCGAUGUUUGCUAUCUACUGUGACAGAAGUGAAUAAAACAAUGACAGUGUGAAGAAAUGUGUCGGCUUUAAUAACGUUUUAAUGGAUACUUUUUUAGAAAAUAGUAUUCUAGAUUUAGGAAAUUCAUAAUUUGUGUGCAUUUCAAUCACUCCUAUUUUUUAUGAAUUUUGUACAUUUUCUAAUUUUUGUACAAUGCGGGCUGGACAGUCGGGAUGUGUAUGUACCACAUUAUUAUACAUAACCGAUACCUAUAAGUAACUUUUUUGCUGUCUGGCGUUUGAUUUGUAUCCAGAGUAUGUCCUGGCUAUUUUUGUUGAUCAUUAAACUUUUUAUGUUUUGUAAAAAUAAUAAUUAUAUAAAAUGUCAACAACUGUGUUUAUUUGAUAAAUAUUGCUGUUAAUUCUUCA